GCCGGCUGCGGGCCGAGCCAGUCGCGCUGCCGACCGCCGCCGGGAGGGAGCCGUCGUCCGUCCGCCCGUUCGACUCUGUCCGUCCGCCCGUUCGGCCCUGUCUGUCCGCCCGUUGGACUCUGUCCGCCCGCCCGUUCGACUCUGUCCGUCCGCCCGCCCGUUCGGCUCUGUCCGUCCGCCCGUUGGACCCUGUCUGUUAGUCGGUUGAGCUCGUCACCAUGGGUCUGCUGGCGGCGCUGACCGUACUGCUGCUGGCGAGUGCCGCGCCGGCGCCGGCGGCCGCCCAGAGCACCCUGUACCCGGGCAGCAGCUGCCGAAUCACAGCCGGCACCGUGGAGCCCAACGUGACCUGCACCUGCGGCCAGCGGCUGCGCCAGACGCCGGACUCGCCUCCCAUCGACCAGCUGACGAUCGUCGGCUGCCUGGCCAGCGGCCAGGACAACCCGGUCGAGCGGCUGACCUUUCUGCCGGCCGACCGCCGCGCCGACGUGUUCGACUUUGUGCUGACCCAGGUGCGCGCCGUGAACGUGUCCCAGAGCACGCUGCGGCUGGAGGCGACGCGCGGCCGCGCGGGGGCCGCCGACCACCCGCUGCGCCGCCUGCACAUUGCGCUGGGAGAGCUGAGCGGCGGCCUGCCCGACGGCGCGCUCCAGGGACUCGGCAACCUGCGCACCGUCUCCCUGGACAAACUGCACGUGGGCCGGGCCGUGCGCAGCGCGCUGUCCGACCUGCCGCGCCUGCGCGAGCUCUCCAUCACGGAGAGCAGCAUCGAGCUCAUCAACAGCGGCGUGGUGGCGCGCGUGCCCCGGCUGCGACGGAUCCGCUUCCACGGGUCGACCUUCAGCUUCAUCGCGGCCGACGCCUUCGUCAUCGAGAACGACAACGACGACGACGUGGAGGGCAGCGGGUCGACGUGCGACGCCGGUGACGACGCGUCGUUCCUCGAGUUCACCAACAUGAAGGUGAACACGAUGAGCACCAACGGCCUGCGGGUGGGCUCGGUGCGCCGACUCCGCGCCGACGGCACCUCCGUGCUCACCAUGUACGCCGGCGCGCUGAACGUGUCGCUGCACGCGCCGGCCGACUGCCGGCCGCUGGCGCGCUUCACCUCCAACAGCGUCACCGACAUGCGGCCGGACGCGCUGGCGCUGGAGAACGAGGCGGCGCGGCCGGCGCUGCUCGAGCUCGGCGGCAACCGGCUGCUGAGCACCGCCCUGUCGCCGGACGAGCUGCGUCUGCGCGGCGCCUUCGAGCGGCGCCCGCUGGCCGGUCUGCCGGCCGACCGGUUCGACUGCACCUGCUGCGAGUGUCCGAGCACGCGGCGGCUCAUCGAGCUGGCGCUCCGGCCGCAGCAGCCGAGCCCCAUCGAGCGCGACGUGUUCGUGGCAGCGCUGGGCCAGGCGCUCUGUGUCGGUGACGCGGCCGACUCGUUCCUGCAGUUCGCCAGCGGCUGUGCGCCCGACUCGGGGCUGCGGGCGCGGGUGAGCGCGCUGGUGCCCGUGCCGUCCGCGGCCGCCGUCUGCCGGUCGUCCUCCGGCGCCGCCCUGGCGCUGCCGCUGCUCCUGGCCGCUCUGCGCCGAGGCUGAGCUACCGCCCGCCGCCGCCAGGUGGCCGUCAACGGAGAGGGAGACUGAGAGAGAGAGAGAGAGAGAGAGAGAGAGAGAGAGAGAGAGAGAGAGAGAGAGAGAGAGAGAGAGAGAGAGAGAGAGAGAGAGAGAGAGAGAGAGAGAGAGAGAGAGAGAGAGAGAGAGAGAGAGAGAGAGAGAGAGAGAGAGAGAGAGAGA